AUUCUGAUAGGGUUUUUGUCUUUUGAUGAAACUAAUAUUCUUUCUUCCUCUAUUUUCGUUUAUGGAGUUAAAGGUUGGGAGUGUUUAGAUGAGAAAAGCCAAAUUGUCUACUGGUGAAGUUGAUUAACUAGUGGUGUGAACUGUUUUAAGUGGCCACUUGAUGAGAUAUUUUUGUUCCACUGACCUGACCACAAGUGUUUUUUGGUUGCUGAGAAAGUUGAGUAGGAAAAAAAUAUAGUUCUUUUUUCUUUUAUAAGAAAAACAUAAUCUUUUUGAUAAAACAGAAUCUUCUACUUCAGAAAAAAAAGCCAAACGUUUCUUUUCACAUGAGAUUCCAUGUUCUUCAAGACUUGUUUUUUUCCAUUUAUUCACUACUAGUGGAUUGUCUUGUUUUAUUGGUUCUUUCAUCUCACAAAAGAAACGCUUUUGCUGGGCCAUCAAACAUCCCUGAGUAUGAUACUGGAGAAGAAGGAGAUCUAUUCAAAGCUCCUGAUUCAAUUCUUGAAGAGUCAAUCUUAACCGUUGAUCCACUCUCAGCUGCCUUAACGAUGAUCUCUUGCGGGGAAGACUCUUCCCAAGGGCUUUGUGAUCUUCCUGAUCUCGAUCUUGGGUUGUUUCAGAGUGGUCAGCAGCUUCUUGACAAAGCCUUUUAUGAAUGCGAGCAAGGUCUCACGAUGAAAUCAGCUAUGAUGGAGUCUCCACUCGCUGAUGUUUUAGACGUAAAGAACAUCUCUCUCGUGACAACGGGGAUCGAUGAGAGCCACGAUACGCAGAAGACCGUAAGCUCGGGGAACUUGAGCUCUAUGGAUCGGUCACAUGCACAUCAAGAGGCUGUUGUGGUUCAGAAUUUUCCUGAUUUUUCUCACUUGGAUUUUAGUUCUGAUUAUGGGAUGCGACGAGCCUUUAGUGAAGGCGACAUACAGAAACUAGGGACUGGUCAUUUUCAAUCUCCACUGGAUAGGAUUAUUGUGAGCUGUACUUCGGAGGAUCGACGUGAGAAGCUUUCUAGAUACAGGAACAAGAAGAGCAGGCGAAAUUUCGGGCGUAAAAUCAAGUAUGCUUGUAGGAAAGCUCUUGCAGAUAACCAACCGAGGAUCCGAGGAAGGUUUGCGAAAACAGAGGAGAGGAAGUAAAAUGGUUUCAAAUGAAUGGGGCUGAGGCAAAAGGAAGAACUUGAAAACAUAAGGAGAUAAAGCCUCUCCUGCAUUAGAAACUAGUUUUGUUUAAUAUCUAAUAUAUGUUUAGAAUUAAAAUGUUAUAAGCCUUUAGUUAGUUUUUUUUGUAUAUACAUGGUUUCUCUGAAUAAGCUUUUUAUGGAAAGAAAUGUAGCUACAGAAGUGUCAUGUAAUGGAGGUGAAAUAUGUAAAAAUGUAUGUAUGUGUAAAAUUCUAAAUAUAUUUAUUAUAUAUAUAUGUGAAAUGAAAAAGUGAUUGAUGUUUU